AUAAAAUAAAAACAUGCUUAAUUGCUAAACAAUGAAUAGAAACCUACAAAAAAGGAGAAGAAGCGAUAAUAAAAAAAAGACAACAACCAGCUAUCAAAGCAUAAAAAUUAAGUAAAAACAGAAAACUACAAUUGCAGCAGCCGCCGCCGUCGUAAAGAAACAAGGACAAGGCAGAGCAACAAUAACAAGAUAGAGAAGAAAAACUUAAAACAUGUUACAACCAACAUCAUGUGGCCCAGGGCCACCGGAUAAAACAUUUGAAUUUAAUAAUAAUAAUAAAAACGAAAUGAAGCAAAAACGUAAAAACGAACAGCUAAAACAAGAGCAAGAAACGGUGGUAGUAAAAUUAGAAAAACGAAAUAAUAAUAUAAAUGAAAACUAUCAAAGUAUAGAGAAACGAAUGGUAGUCGACAAUGACGAUGAAGAUGAUUAUGAUAAUGAUAAUGAUUAUGUUUAUGCUGGCAGCAUCGUUAAUGAUGACGAUUAUGAAAAGCGAAUGAAAAGCAAUGAGCGACAACAAAAACCAACUAUAAAAUUCAACACAAACAACAGCAACAACAAUAAUAACUGCCAUUUAAAAAACAUCAAAUUAUAUUUAAACAAAACUACAGCAAUAACAAAAACUCCAACAACUAUUGCUAUACAAAACAAAAACUCUGUUUUUAGCAGAGCAUCAUCAGACUCAAACAACCAAGCUCACCCCUCGAUUUUAGCGGCAACAGCCAGAAAACCAACAAAAUUUGUUACUCCUACUAGCAACAACACCAAUAGCAACACCACCACUGCAACUUCUACAACUUGUUCCAGUACUCGUUAUACUCGUACGGAUGCUGCUGCUGCUACAGCAACAUCGCAACAACCCAUAACUGUAGCAACAGUAGCCGUAGCAAAUGUUGCCAACAACUUGAAUAAGUUUUAUUGUAACUUUACAACAUCCACUACCACUUCUACUAGUGCAACUGCUACAACUACGACAACUACAACUUCUAUAAAAUGGAUUUUAAUGUUUCUAAUGCUUUUUAACAUUUUGGCACAAACACCGCAUCAAGUGGCAGCUGAAAAGAGCAAACACUAUUACAUGCAAUCAUUAUGUAAAAAUCAUUUUCUCCAACAACUGUAUCGUAAAAUUGAUGGUGCCGUACUGUGGUCACAGAACGAACGUAAUCUGGACUGUAUCAUCACCUUUCAAACGCAUUCAAUAUUACAAAGAUUCAUGUUACGCUUCGAUAUGUUGCAAUUGGAUUGUAAUGAUCAUUUGUAUGUGUACGAUGGUGCACAUGCUGUGGCAACACCCAAGAUUGAUAUAUCAUGUCGUCAGACAAAACAAACAGUGAGUUCAAUAUUGACACGUACCAAUUUUGUUACACUUAAAUAUGUAACAGACAAUUGGGGUACAGAUGCGAAUGGUUUCAAAUUGGUUAUAACAUCCGUUAAAGAUCCAAAACAUACAUGUAAGGAUUUCACCUGUGGCUCAAAUGGUUUUUGUAUACAUCCCGAUUUGCUGUGUGAUGGUAUUAAUCAUUGUAGCGAUAAUUCCGAUGAAUCGGUGCAUAAUUUAUGCCAAAGUGAGACCUCCAGUACAGUGUUUGGCAUGGAUAUGACAUGGUUCGUCAUGAUUGUGGUUAGUAUCCUGCUGAUAUUAAGUGCGGCCAUCGUGGGCAUAACAAUAUGCGUGUGUCGGCGACAAGAAGAAACCAAUAACCAACAAAAUACGGCCAUACAAUUACAUCAUAAUUUGGCUGAGACAAACGGGUCGUCGAAACAUCUGCACUACACACAUGGCGGUACAUUGACGAGAGAACACACACAAUUACCGCCCACGUCGGGAAACUGGCAUCACCCUGCGGGACCAUACACCGGGUACCACCGCAUGCAACGCAAUUACUUGAAGAUGGCCACCAAAGUCCGUCCCAUCUUGUGCUUGGCAAAUUUCGUCAAUUAGGUCAAGAUCUAAAUACAAAUUCAGUUAAUAAUCUAGGAUUAUCCCAAACCAAUAUCGCCGUCAACAAUGCGGCUGCCCAAAAUGCGGCCAAUGCUGUCGGCGCUGCCCAAAAAGAUGAAUGGUUUGUUUGAGAACGCAAAUUGCUUCUCUACGACUCCUGCAUUAAACUGAAUUUCAAUUUAGAUUUUUAAUCUACUUUAAGACAAACGAUAAAAACAAAUGUAUAACAAAAACUAUUGAAAAAACCAAUUACAAUUAUUUUUGUUAAACAAAAUUUGCACAGCAUUAAAUGAAGACUGUUAAAAAAACUUUUUAAUAACAACAAUUAUUAAGUUUUGGUGGACAUCGCCCAGCAGGGUGUGUUAACAAGAGAUUUACUGUACCCAAAUCUCUUAGGCAAAAAAAAAACAAUUACAAAACAACAUCAAAUAUAAAACAAAAAAUUAAAUAAAUAAAAUUAUUUUCUAAUUAGAACAAAACAAAAUAAUUCAACCUGUAAAUAAUUUAUAAAUAUUUAAUUGAUUCUAUUAAUU